GUUCGCGCAAUCAAAGGGUAACCAUGUCGGCCUCAUGACCUACUGGCACUUGUGGACCCAGCUUCCUGGGGCUUGACUCCGACAUGUUGCUAGUUUGCGUAUGGCGUGAAAGAGUCUGCUUUUCUGCUUCGCCAAAGCCAAGCUUAUCGGGCUCAUUACCUGACUUCAGGACCUCCAAUCGCUUGCAGUACACUGCAUUGUGGGCGGAUGGACCUUCAAGUCCGAACGAGGCACAAUGUUCCGCCACUCCCGGGCUCCCCAUCCGGGCACAUUGAGU